UGAUGUCACGUAUGACGUUUACGGAUUUUGCGGAUGCUUGACAGCCUGAAACUAACGAACCAGAACGUUAUGCGCUGUUAUUAACCUGCUUUGUUCUCGAUUUGUCUUUACUUCAUUUCAUCAUCGGAGCGGUAUGAGCAGCGUGGAGCAGCUGGCUGCGGUGGGUUCGGUUCUGGUGGACCCCCGCCAGGACCUGACGCGGAGGUUCCGAGCUCUGUUCACCCUCAAGAGCCUGGGAGGCGCCGAGGCCGUGGAGUGGAUCGGCAAAGCGUUCGGCGACGACUCUUCGCUGCUCAAGCACGAGUUGGCCUACUGUUUGGGUCAGAUGCAGGACGCGUGCGCCAUACCCGUCCUCAGCGCCGUACUCCAGGACACCCGACAGGAGCCCAUGGUACGGCACGAAGCCGGCGAAGCCCUGGGAGCCAUCGGGGAUCCUUCGGUUCUGGAUCUGCUCAAGGCCUACAGCCAGGACCCCGUCGUUGAGGUGGCCGAAACGUGCCAGCUGGCCAUGCGUCGGCUGGAGUGGCUUCAGAAGGGAGGCGACCGACAGCCGCGGGACGCCGAUCGGAACCCGUACAACUCUGUGGACCCGGCGCCUCCCGCCGCCCGCGGGAGCGCGGCUGAGCUGCGCGCCCUCCUGCUGGACGAGAGCCUGCCGCUGUUCGAACGCUACGGUGCCAUGUUUGCACUAAGGAACCUCGGCGGCCGCGAGGCCGCCCUCGCCUUGGGGGACGGCUUUCAGUGUUCGAGCGCUCUGUUCCGUCACGAGAUCGGCUACGUCCUGGGUCAGAUGCAGCACCCGGCGGCGGUCCCGGCCCUUCGCGCCGUACUGGAGCGAGGCGGCGAGAGCGCCAUGGUGCGGCACGAGGCGGCCGAGGCUCUGGGCUCCAUCGGCCGGGACGAGUGCCUGGCCGUGCUGCAGCGUUUCCGCGGUGAUGGCGAGCGCGUGGUUAAGGAGAGCUGCGAGGUGGCCUUGGACAUGCUGGACUACGAAAACAACCAACAGUUCCAGUACGCCGACGCGCUCGCCAGACUGCAGGGAUAAAAAUGGGAGUGUGUAUGUGUGUUUGAAUGUGUGUGUGUGUAUAAAUUAAACUUUUAUUGUAUAAACUUACAAACACAAUGUAUGAUUUAUUUCAAAUAGCACGUCUAGAGUUUUGAGUGGUUCUUGAUUGGUGCUUGACUUAAGUUAUGACUGGUUGAUGACAUGGUUCUUAGACAGUUUUUAUCUUGUUUUCAUGUGGUUCUAGACUUGGUACUUGACCUGUUUUUUUCACCGGUUGUUCCCUUGGUUGUAGCUUGGCUCUUGACUUGUUUUUUAUUUGUUUGGCUUUUGACUGGUUUGUGACUUUUGGUUCUAGACUGAUUCUCGACUCAGUUCUUAUCUUGGUGCUUGACCUGGUUUUUG